AUGGGCACACUCCCCAGCGGCGUGGCCAGCACAAGGGCAGAGCUCCUCGGCGGCGCGGCCAGCACAGGGGCGCUCUCCCUCGUGGUGCGGCCAGCUCAGGGGCGCUCUCCCGCAGAUGCCGGCGUCGCCCAUCCGUCGUCGCCGUCGCCUUCGCCUAUUCCGGCGCUCUUGCCGUCGCCUGAGCCUCUACCGGCUGAGGAUAUGGGUGUUCAGCACAGCAGAGCAUUCAGGAUGUUCCCGUCGUUCUUGGCCGGGGAACCAUUGUCCAAGUCCUGA